UAUGUUUUUCCAUAAUUGCAGGCGAUGGACAAAGAUUUCGAAACAUGGCUAGACGAAACAAUGGUAUUGUUGGGUGCCAUACAAGAAAAUGAUUGUCAGCCACACAGCAUUGCCAUUGUUCCGGAGGAACUUGGGAAAUGGAGCAAGAAAGAGUACGAGCCAAAGGUGGUGUCGAUCGGGCCCCGGUUCAAGGGAAGAAAGAAACUUCUACCAAUGGAAGAGAUCAAGUUGCGUUGCAUGCUGCACCUUUCUAAGAGAACAGGAAGAGAUUCUCUCGAGGAAAAGCUAAAAAGCUGUAUGAGAUUCAUCUUUAGGUUAGACGCAGCUGUUCGCACUAGCUAUGGGGAUCAAAUCGAUUUGGACAGCUACGGUCUAGCCACCAUUAUGUUACACGACGCUUGCUUUCUCUUAGAGCUUUUCAUUUCUCAAUCAGUGGAAUGGAAUUCAAAGCUACAACCCCACAAUGACACACUCCCUCCUAGCCCCGCAGCUCAACUCGGGAAUAUCGAACUCAUCUUGAGCGAUCUCACCUUAUUAGAAAACCAGAUACCCUUUUUUGUUCUCUUUCACGUCUUCGCUAUAUUUUUUCCCCAUCUCGUUCCUAACGACAACCCGUUUCUCUGGAAGAUUUACCUUAGUAUUACACAAGAUUUGGCGCUGUCUCUUUUUGGCUACUCUCGUGAUUCAAGUUCUACCUCUAUUCCCGAUCCCAUUGAUGCCUCUCACAUUCUUCAACUUAUUCACUCCUUCAUUCUCAAUCCCCAAAUCCACCAUGGUUCAUGUGUUAUUGAUAUUGAAGUUAAUGUUAAUAAUGUGUACUUCAUACG